AUGGGUGCGCAAUUAGACGGCACGUGGCCAAUGGAGAUUACAAAUAGUGCUACGCCUUCGUCUCCACUAGCACCCAAACACUUUUCUUCGCCUACACCCGUCUGCCGUGGAUUCAACCACAGGUUCGAGCAGUACAUUACCUACCACACGGGCAGACGUACAAUGUACCGGAAGGAAGAGCUACCGAGUGUCUAUAGCCACCCCGAUUCGAGCGUCGCUUCCAGUGCAACCCAGGUCGUCAAAAACUUCUUGAGCGAGAACGACUCGAACAUAGUCAACUGGCAAGGCGAGAACGAUGCGGCCAAUCCAAGGAACUUCCCUUCAUGGAAGAAGACGAUCAACAUCGCAUGCAUCUUCUACUUGUGUCUUGUAUCACCUUUCACCUCCUCUGUAGUUGCACCAGCUAUCCCGGAUAUCAUGGCCGAUUUUGCCUCCACAGAUGCCUACCUUUCCGCCUUCGUACUCAGCGUCUACGUCUUGGGCUACGCUUUUGGUCCGCUACUCAUCAGUCCUCUUUCGGAACAAUAUGGUCGACUGCCACUAUACCAUGCAGGCAAUGUGCUCUUCACAGUAUGCACUCUGGCCUGUGGACGCGCAAACUCGCUCGGUAUGCUAGCGGUCCUGCGUUUCCUUGCAGGCGCAGGUGCAAGUAACGUAUUUGCCCUGGCACCAUCCAGCCUUGCCGAUCUCGUAGCAAAGGAAGAGCGUGGCCGAGCAAUGGCAUUGGUAGGCAUGGCAUACAAUCUCGGUCCUGCAAUUAGUCCUACAGCAGGCAGCUACCUCAACGCAGCCCAAGGCUGGCGAUGGGUAUUCUACCUUACCGGAAUUCUCGGCGGAGCAGGUACACUGCUCAGCAUGAUCUGCAUGUCAGAGACGUACGAACCAGUCAUUCUUCGGCGCAAAGCGGCACAUCUCCGUAAACAGACGGGUGACAAGACGUUGCGAGCCAAGUCGGACACUGGACCCGGAGCGAACAAGAUCAAAGCUUUCCGCGAAGCGAUGGUCAUGCCCUUCGCUAUGCUAUUCUUUUCGCGUCCAAUCUUCUUCACCUCGCUACUCACAGCUGUCGGGUACGGGUAUGUUUACAUUUUGUACACCACCAUUCCCAGCACGUUUCUAGAGACGUACCAUUGGGCUCCAAAGAAGCUUGGCCUGGCAUACCUGGGCACUGCUGUUGGAAACCUCAUCGGCAUGGUCGGAGCUAGUGUAAUGAGCGACAGCCUCGUCAAGCGUAGAGCACUCAAAGACGAUACGCGGCCUGAAAUUCGACUGCUCCCCAUGAUUUUCUGGUGGCCGCUCGUGAGCGUCGGGUUGUUUAUGUACGCAUGGACAGCUCAACAUGCUGUGCAUUGGAUCGCCCCGUUGAUUGGAACUACGAUCUUUGGUAUGGGAGCCAUGAGCGCUAUUUUCUUCACUGGCACUUACAUUCUCGACGCUUAUCCUCUUCACUCUGCUUCCGGCAUGGCUGCUUGCUCAGUCAUGCGCUCACUUAUCGGUGGUCUGGCGCCUCUAUUCUCGCAUAAGAUGUAUCAGGAUCUGGGGGUUGGCUGGGCGUUCUCGCUACUCGCUCUCAUCGCCCUUGCAUUCGCACCUGUGCCGGUAGUGUUCUAUAAGUUCGGUGAGAAGUGGCGGGGACAAGAGCGCUACGGUGGACGAGUUGUAAGUAAGGCAACUGCUUGA